AUGUCUAGCAAAUCAGUCCACCUGCCACAUUGGCUGCCCACUGUGUCUAUCGGGAGAGGUACGUUGUCUGACAUGGCUGCACUGGAACAGUUUGACCAGCAUUGGCAGGCUGCCAGAUACACGCCCUGGCGAUUCUACUAUAUGGAUUAUGAGAUGCUGCAAAGAGAGAUGACCGCUGCUCAGGAUAGUCGUAUCGUGAGUAGUAGGUUGCAGGAUGAGUGGAUCAGAAUAUACGAGUUUUACAUGCUGAAAAGAGGCGAAAUUGACAGACGCAUCAUGGCAUUUCAAGACCAAAAGAGAUGCACCAUGCUUUCAGCUACUUUUCAAUCACUCACAUUGGAGAUCCUCCAGCUGUACAGAUUUGCAAAGCUGAAUUACUGUGGAUUUCUACGCUUGUUUAUGCAGUAUGAUUCAACCAGUGACAAUGAUGUGCACAAGGUAGUUUUCCGCAAGCCCUUUUGGACAGAUGCCAUGGAAUACCACAAGCUAGCCAUAGAGGCAAAUUUCUUGUAUUUGACCAGUUCAUCGGUAUCACCCUAUUACCGCAUAUCCACAUUCUUCAAGGCACAACAACUGGAUGACACCAAGGCCGAGACUGAUAACAGCAAGGAUUCCCACGUGGCACUGCUUCAACAACAACAGCAACAAGCCAACACAAAUAAUCAUGCAUCCAAGAGGACUAACCAUGGUUCAUUAGCAUAUUCGCCUUUGUCUUGUUCUAUUCAUUCUUGUGAAACAAGGCCAUCAUCAGACAUGUGUCUACAAUCACCACCACAACAGCAAUAUCACACUUAUUGGCUUCAUCCAAGCAACAUGCUUGAAAUCAUGCUGUAUCUCUCUGACAAGAUGACGAUAGCUCAAGAUGAUACCGCUUUCAGAGCUCUAGCAGUGAACGAAAUUGGCUAUUCUGACAGACAUCACACAUGCGACCAUCAAUACAAAAUGACCACGUUGUACAUGGAUACGCCUCAAUUGAGCGGGUAUACACAGAGACUUGAUAAGAGACAGACAAUCUUCAUGACCCGUGCUCGAUGGUACGAUAGUAUCAGCAGCUUAGAUACUCACAGUCCUCAUGCCAUGGUGGAGCAAAAAGUGUACGACGCGAAUAGCACAGAGCAGGCGUGGGUGCAACAGCGAGUUUGGCUCAAAUCAAAACAUCUACAGCCGUGGCUUUCUGGGUCAUUUUCUCUUGGCAGCAUAUUGUCCAAAGAUUCAUGCCAGUACCACGCAGAUGGAAACACUGUAAGCUCAGAUGAUGCAAUACAUGGAAUGAGGGAUGCGUGUCUUUCGAUGGAAUAUCAAGUGCAUACAAGGCAGCUACAGCCAGUGUUCAAAGUAACCCAGAACCGCAUUGUUUAUACCUCAAUGGACCAGUCUAUCACCAUCUCGAUCGAUUCAGAUAUCAGCAUGUGCUCGACACAAGACACUAUCUGGCAGCAAACAAAAGCAGAAGAUCCAUUUCCAUACUGCGUUGUUGGCAUCACCACCACGGCAAGUACAGACCAUGCAGAAAACGAAUGGUUGAUGCAAUUAAUGAGAUGUGGCAUGCUUACGCCUGUAGACGGAUUCUCUGCCUACUUGCAUGGUAUGGCAACACUGUCCAAAGAUUUGCCAACGCCAGAUUGGAUGUCGAUUCGCAUGAAUGACACCGGACAUGAGCCUUUGUUGAUCCAAGGGCAAACGCCACAACAACAGCAUAGGAAACAAGGUAUCAUUACUUCUAAACACAGUCUGGAUAGUAUACAAACAACAACAAGUGGUGAGAGUAGCAGUAGAAGCAGCAGUGCAAAUACCAUUGCCACCAUCAUUACGUGCUACGACGAUGAUUUGGAUGGGAAACAACAACCAGCAGAAGAAUCGCCUACCCAUACCAAUGCUAAUUCACCACUACUGCAUCCCCAAGAUGGCUGCUUUCGACAGCAAAGCAGAAGUGGUAUGAGAAGGUCAUUUGACUCGUAUUGCAGCUUUGAUCAUCCCACAUCCUCUCGAUCUGAUCCAACCAACUGCAAGAGUUGUAUAGACAGGAUACUCUUAAGCGAACAGCAGCAAUGUAUGAUGGACAGGGGUUAUGGCAACAGCAGCAGCAGCAGUCUAGGUAGCCAUCUGCCCAUUGUCUCUGUAUACGAGAGGGAAACCAUCACAUUCAGCUCGUUCUUGCUUCAGACAUUCUGGCCCAGAAAGUUUAGAAGUUUUGAAAAAGAGCCUCUACUGCUACAACAUCAUCAUCAUCAUAGAAAGCACCGUUCAUUCAGCAGUAGUAAAAGUAGCAGUAGCAUUGCUAGUUGCAGUAGCAACCAUUGCAACAUCAAAAACAUACCCUUAUCCCCACCAACACAGCCACCAAAUCUAGGAGAACGGUUUUCUCGUGCUGCUAUAUUGACAAUGACAUGUGUUGUCAUGUCACUCAGCAUGUCCUGUAUCUUGUAUAUUGCUUUUUUGAUAGAAUAA